GAAUAUAUGCUGCAUAACAGUACAAUGCCAAUCAAUUUCAUCCUUUUGGGUCUUUCUGAUGAGUCCUACUUGCAAAGUAUUUUCUUUUUUACAUUUUUGGGAAUCUAUAUGAUCACUUUGAGUGGAAACCUUAUAAUUAUCCUCCUUACAUUAGCUGAUGCAACCCUACAUAAACCCAUGUACUUUUUUCUAAGAAAUCUAGCCUUCCUUGAGAUCUGUUUUACAUCAGUCACUAUUCCCAAGAUGCUUGACAAUAUUCAUUCUGGGAAUAAAUCCAUUUCUUUUAUUGGCUGUGCUGCACAGACCUAUUUUUCUUUUUUCCUUGGUGGAACAGAAUGUUUCCUUUUGGCCUCAAUGGCCUACGAUCGUUAUGUUGCCAUCUGUAAGCCUCUGUAUUACCCUAUCUUGAUUGAUCAAAGAGUUUAUACCAGUUUAGCUCUAGCCUCUUGGUUAAGUGGGUUCUUCAUGUCAUUUGGACUGACUAGUAUGGUGUUCAGACUGUCCUUCUGUGAUUCCAAUGUCAUUAAUCAUUUCUUUUGUGAUAUCCCCCCUUUACUGAAACUAGCAUGUGGAAAUAUCUUUAUGACUGAAAUUGCUGUUUUUGCGGUAGCAGUUAUUUAUGUUACUUUACCCUUUCUUCUGAUCUUAUUGUCUUAUUAUGGGAUCAUUAUUGCUAUUUUGAAGAUCUCAUCCUCUGAGGGCCGGAAGAAGACUUUUUCUACUUGCUCCUCACAUCUCAUUGUUGUGACCUUAUUCUAUGGAUCUAGUUCCAUCAUGUACCUGAAACCCAACUCCACUUAUUUUCCCAAUACUGAUAAAUACCUGUCCCUUUUUUAUACAUUCAUUAGCCCCAUUUUAAACCCUAUCAUAUACAGCUUGAGGAACCAAGAAGUAAAAGGUGCCUUUUUGCGAAUUUGGGAAAAAAAAGUAUUUGGUUGACUAUUUUUUACAGACAUACAUUGUAUAGUCCCCAGGAAAUGUGACAUUUAUACUAUAUAAUUUUCAAAGCUU